GCUUAAGGUCGUGAGGAUGAGUGACCUUGACGAGUUGCUCACGUUUUUUUGCACAAAUGAAAAAUCAGAAGUAAACCUUCGAAAGGUUGACAUUAAUAGAAAUUUCAUAAUACAUUUGGUGGACAAGUGCAAAUCAUUAGAUCCAAAAUCAGUUACUUCGCAGAAUGACGUCAAGUUCUGUGCUUUUAUGUCUGGCUUCGUUGGAUGUUUACGGGCGUGCUAUUGCUACGUUUCAGAUCAUAUGGACGAGUUUGCGGAUGGAUACAGGGUGGAUGAUGAGAACGAUACCAUACAUGAAAAUGAAAAACCUUCUAGUAUCAUGAAUUCCUUGUUUGGAACACAAUGUUGGUUUCUGUCGGUACUAAAACAUAACAUCUCCAAGGUUGAUUCACUGAAGUCUAGUCUUUUUGGACUUGCUAGCCAGGAGCUUAUGAGUCUUGCCCAAGUAGCUGAUGUUUUGGGCGAAUCGUUCAGCCUCCCCGUAUGGAAAUUCGCAUCCAGCAUUAUGAAACAAUUCAAAUGUGAGAUUCGUAACUACGCACGAGAAACUUCUAGAAGCAAAUCCCCUGACACUCUUUUUGGCAGCAUAUUGAAUUCCAUUGUUCAUUCGCUGCACCAUUAUUAUGACAAAUGUUGCCUUUCGUGCAUGAGAGGAAUAAAAUCAAACAAAAUGAAUGUGGAGAAUACAGAAAAUAAUGUACAAAUGUUAAAUCUGCUUAGUCGUAUAUUCACUUUCUGUAUUCGAGAAUUUACAAAAGAAAUUUUAACUUCUGAUCUUAAUUCACGAGCAGUGGUUACUUUUAUGGAUUGGCUAUCGUGGACAAUUAAUGUAUCUUACGCUGGUGGAUUAUAUCCUUUAGGUUCGAAAUUUCCUGUUAAAAUUGCUGAAGAAUUGAAUAAUUCUUUCUUUCUUUCUACUGAUAUCAUUCUAUCUCAUAUGAUAACUUUACAUCCACCUUGUGAAAGUCGAGAAGAAUGUUCAGUUUUUGUUCAAGCAAUAACUCAUUCAAAUUUUGAUGCACCAGUGAUUUGUCGAAUUUAUGGUAAAAUUUUAAGCAAUAUUGCUCAACAUCCUAGUUUUUAUUCUCGUUGGAUGAAUGAUAGUUUCAAUAUUUAUAAAGAAUUAUUUAAAGCAUGUGAAAAAAUUGAUUUAAGUUUAUCUGGUAAAAACAAUGAGAUUGAUAAUGAGAAAUAUCCAUGUUCUGGAGAAUUUUACACAACUCUUUUACAACAGAUUUGUGCUUCAGUUUGUGGUUUACCCAUGGCAUGUUUUCCUUAUUUGGAGACAGUUCUACUUUCAUCAGUACUAUCUAAUCAUCCUCUGGUUCACUUGUUAUCAAUGGAUGUGUGGUGUUUUGUUGCCCGUUAUGGAACAGGUGAUCUAUGUUUACAUUAUGUUACAUUAUUGACAAACAUUGUAAAUAAUGUUGCAAGAAAAUUACAAAUAAAAAAUGGUAUAAAUGAAUCGCAAUCAUUUAGUUUGUCAUAUACUAUAUCUCGUCUUAGUCAUCUACUUUCAAGAUUGAUUGUUUUUCUUACACCGAAACAACAAAGUGUUUAUUUUCAUCAAAAUUCACUUAAAUUAAUCCAAAUGAAUUCAAAUACAGAUUUGAUUAAUUCAACGUCCAGUUCAUUAGUUUGGUAUUAUGUUCCUGUUCCAAUGAAUCGUUUACAAAAAGUAUCAACUAAUAUCAUUGAACAACAAGUGAUUGAACGACUUUUGAAUUUAGACAAAUUAUUUCAUGUAACUAAUAUGACAGUCAAUUCAUCUCAAAAUUCUUAUUUAUUAAUAGAAGUAUGUCUUGGUCUACGUUUAUUUAGCUGUUUAUCUGAUUCACAUAAGAAUUCUUAUACACAAAUCAUUGUGAAAUGUAUUCACUUUCUACUUCAUCAUCAUCACUUAAAUGAUACAACAACAACAAUCAUCAAACAUUGUUCACAUCCGCAUUCUUCUGUAUAUUUAAAAUCAUGGACUUUACAACCAAUUUCCUCUGUAUUCGUUUGUUUAUCAAUAUGGUUUCCAAAAUUAUGCACUAAUUCUCUCAAUGAUCCGAAUCUACGUCCUGAUACAGAAAUAUUAAAAGAUCUUGUGAAAUUAUCAUUUUAUUCGAAUACAACCUCUCCUAUUCUACCGAUCUGUUCAUUUUCAAUAUGUAAUGCAUGGAGUUCAUGGCUUAAUAGUUCCAUUACACAAGGUUACUUUCAAACAUGGUUUGAACAACUGAAGGCUAAUGUAAUUCAAUAUGAAUUGGAAAUGAACACUGGUCAAACUGGAGAAGAUAUUUUCAAAUCAUUGCGAAAUCAAAUUGAUUCAAUUUGCUUAACUAAACAUAUCAUCUGUUCACCACAAUUGAACCAAACUCCUUCAGUUAAUUGUUGUUUUAAUGUUGACAAUAAUAAUGGCGGUGAUAUUCAUGCUGACGGUGAUAAGGAUGAUGCUGUCAUAACUAAAUGCCUACAUGACAUGUCAUCAGCAGUGAAUCGUUUACAGUCUGUAUGGCCACCUAAAGGUCGUAACAAAUCAGUACAGUUCAAUGAAGCAAGAAAUAUUUUAAAGAAUCUAUCUAAUUUUGUGUAUACUAGUUAA